AAUUUAUAAUUCAUAAUCCAUAUUGGUUGUUUUCAGCACAACUGCGCUGACAGAUCAAUUUUUAAUGUCAAAAAAAAUUCGUUGGGACAAAAUACGUAUUCUCACUGCAUGUAUAUAAUAUAUAUACUUGAUAUAUAAAGACGUUGCGUUAACUGACGUGACGUGUUAACUGUUUACUGACAAAAUAUCAUUGCUUUUUCCAACUGCAGCAAUAUGAGUGGAAAUGGAAUAGGUUUACCAUUUAAUUUUACGCCGAUAUGCAAGUGGAAUUUCAGCCACUUAUUCAAAGAUCUCGACAAAAACAAAUCGUUGGAGGAUAUCAUAGAAGAAAUAGAGGAAAAGUAUUCUUGCUUUCCACCUCCAAAAUGGCUUCUCGUUAUGCUCUUCUUUCUCUUCGUAUUGGGUAUUUUGUUUAACGGUUUUGUCUUGCUGACGUUUAUUCAGUUACCAAGAGUACGAACUUCUACCAAUAGUUUUGUCGUUAGUUUGACGGUAGCAGACACACUCAUGGUAAUCUUUAUUCCCGUUCUGUAUCUUCUUUUGUUUUACGAUAAGAUCGAGUAUGAAAUUGGUGAUGAACUUCGCUUUUUUUCCGGAAUUUUUUGUUCCAUGGUUUCGCUAACUAGCUUCGUUUGUAUCAGUGUGGACAGAAUGUUGGCCAUUACAAAGCCAUUUUAUCAUCGAACUUUACCGCGAUCGCGUUGUAUAAAGGCUAUUAUCUUUGUGUGGAUAUUUUGUAUUAUUACAACAUUACUUGAUUUUUCCGUAAGCCAAAUGGAGAGCGUUGAUGAAUUCAUCGUAACCUGUUUCAAUUUUUCUAUUGCAUUCGUUAUCCCUACGUUAAUUACAAUAAUUUGUUAUGUCGUCAUCGCAAGGAUUGUUCUUUAUAAGCGAAAUGGUGUUCUUCAAGAAGCAAAUCACAGCGGGAACAAUCGAAUGAUGCAGAAUAUCAGAAUAACAUGGAAAAUUUUGCUUGUAAUUUUGCCAGGUGUUGUAAUGUGGAGCGUGUACUGGGUCCCAGUAUUUAUCCACAAUGGAGAAGUUGAAUUCUCUUAUUCGUUCGAACAAAUGCGAGUUCUAAUUCCGAUUUUCGCAGCAGUUGUAAACCCUGUAAUAUUCAUUCUUCUUACACCGGAAUUUCGCAGUGGUCAUUUGAAGUCAAACUGCUGCCGAGGUCAAACUGAUUUGGGCAGAACAACUCAAUCGCGCGAACGUUAGCUAACACGAUAGUUUAGAGAAGAGUUGCCUUUCUUUGCAGGGACAACACGAAGUUGUACUUUGCGCGUUUGACCCUUUUACUCCUUUAUUAUUACAAUAAACCAUACAGCAGUCGCUAUAACCAUGCAUCCCGCGGCUCAGAUUGUUGACAAUUGAGCAUAAUUCCUGCCCAAUGAAGGUGCCCUUAAAAGCUAAAAAUACCAUUUCAGAAACAUGGCCAGGUUUUACGAAUUUACUGGGAAACAUGCCCAGAUCUACUUAUAGGCUGCUUAAACAGUCAGGCACCGGCGCUGUACUUAGUGUAGAAUCUUCCACUGCGCAUGACACUAAACUAACACUGCAUGGUGAUUGACAACUUUGAGACUUUCAUCCACCGGGACCCUGAUUUCUUUGUUAACAAAAAAUUGGUCAGUAUUAUGUGUUAUUGUCGUAAACCACGCCUUAUAUUAUUCCGUCGUUAUAUUUUUUUUAUAAUUCAUAUUAUCAUGGGAUAAUUUCCGGGCGGGCAUCUCAACCUUAACAGUCUGGUAACUUAGAUUGUGGACCGGCGGUGAAGAUCAAUUCAAGAAAAAAUAUUUCGUGACCGUAACAUGGAUUUUCACCAGUUUAUUGAACCACGAUCAGCAAGUUAUAUACGUGCAGUAACGAUAGUAACCACAAACACAACUGACGUAUAUAUAUAUAACAAAACUAUAUCAAGUCUCGUUGCAUAUAUAUGCAUGUAUA